AUUAAUUAGACACAAUCAAGGGAAAGAAAAAUCAGAAACAUUUUCUGGUAAGUGAAGGAAAAGCAAAGUGUGUGAAGAAGAUGGAGACCAAACCCACAGAGAUUGGGAGUUCAAAGAUGUUUGGAGGGUACAACAAAAGAUACAAGCAUUUCAGUCCCACCCUCGGCUGCUCCAUGACUUUCCAUAUCUACUUCCCUCCUUCUUCUUCUCCUUCCCACAAGUUCCCUAUACUUUACUGGCUCUCUGGGCUUACUUGCACUGAUGAGAAUUUCAUAAUCAAGUCAGGAGCACAACGUGCUGCUUCUGCUGAGGGUGUUGCUCUAAUUGCUCCUGAUACAUCUCCAAGAGGCCUGAAUGUGGAAGGAGAGGCUGACAGCUGGGAUUUUGGUGUAGGUGCUGGAUUUUAUCUUAAUGCUACACAACAGAAGUGGAAGAACUGGCGUAUGUAUGAUUAUGUUGUGAAAGAACUGCCAAAACUUCUGAGUGAAAAUUUUCCUCAACUUGAUACAUCAAAAGCAUCUAUUUCUGGUCAUUCUAUGGGUGGACAUGGUGCUCUCACAAUUUAUCUGAAAAACCUUGAUAAGUAUAAGUCAGCGUCUGCCUUUGCACCCAUUGCCAAUCCUAUAAAUUGCCCCUGGGGUCAGAAGGCAUUCACAAACUAUCUUGGCAAUGACAAAGCUGCUUGGGAGGAAUAUGAUGCCACUUGCCUGAUAAAAAAAUUCCAUAAUGUAUCAGCUACCAUUUUGAUUGAUCAGGGGGAGGAUGACAAAUUUUUAGACCAACUUCUGGCGCACAAGUUUGAGGAGGCAUGUAGGAGUGUGAAUGUGCCGUUGUUAUUGCGGUUGCAGCCUGGAUAUGAUCACUCAUACUUCUUCAUUUCCACCUUCAUUGAUGAUCACAUCCGCCACCAUGCUCAAGCUCUUAAGCUUUAAGUUUAUGAGGUUUUCUGCACUAAAACAAAAAUCUAGUAAUCUUAAGACCUUGUGAACAAAUGUGGACUAUUUCCUUUAAAAUGCUGGUCUUUCCAUUCACUGUUGUGACUUUCGUUUUAACUUGCAAUAGUAAUAAAGUGAAAUUGUUAGGAGUGCUGUUUGGUUAA